AUGGUCACACCCGACGGCUACGAGAUCAUGACGUACACCUGCGCCGGCACCGGAGGCAACGACGACGAAGCUCAAGAUUGCAUGGACAUGGCUUCAUCUAUUCGGGCAGUUGAAAAACUUCUAAAUUACACAUUUAAGAACAAAAAAUUGGCAGAAGAUGCCUUAACUCACUCCUCUUUCACCGAUUCCACCUCUUACCAACGCCUCGAGUUCGUCGGCGACGCCGCUUUGGGUCUCGCGAUUUCCAAUUAUGUGUUCUUAGCCUACCCCGACCUUGAGCCUGGCCUACUCUCUCUCCUCCGCGCUGCCAAUAUCAGUACCGAGAAGCUCGCUCGGGUCGCAGUCCGACACGGGUUGUACAGAUAUGUCCGCCAUAAUGCCAGCGCUCUUGAUGAGAAGGUCAGAGAUUUCGCUAUAUCGGUUGAGGGAGAAGAUGAGACAGAGGUGUACGGUGGGGCGGUCAAGGCGCCGAAAAAUUCUUGCGGACAUUGUGGAGUCUGUGGCGGCUGCUGUAUAUGUUGA